AGGCCCCUUUGUUCGGCGGGAGGCGGCGGCGCGCCCGCCCCGCCGCUUUGUCCGCUGCCGCCGGCGGGAGCCGCUUGUCCCGGCGCGCCGUGAGUGAAGCCGGGGAGUGGGGGGCUGCGGAGUUUGAGCUGACUGCCUGGCCAGGAUGAGCUGGAGUUUCCUGACACGGCUCCUGGAGGAGAUCAACAACCACUCAACCUUCGUGGGCAAGAUCUGGUUGACCGUCCUCAUUGUCUUUCGCAUUGUGCUGACGGCUGUAGGGGGCGAGUCCAUCUACUAUGAUGAGCAGAGCAAGUUUGUCUGCAACACACAGCAGCCCGGCUGUGAGAAUGUCUGCUAUGAUGCCUUCGCCCCACUCUCGCAUGUCCGUUUCUGGAUCUUCCAGAUCAUCAUGGUGGCCACACCAUCGGUCCUCUACCUGGGCUUUGCCAUGCAUCGCAUUGCCCGCAUGCCCGAGUCCUUGCGGCGCCGGGCACCAGGAGUCCAGCGGGCACGCAUGCCAGUGGUAUGCCGGGGAGCAGGGAGGGACUACGAGGAGGCAGAGGAUGAUAAUGAAGAAGACCCCAUGAUCUUUGAGGAGAUUGAGGUGGAGAAAGAGAAGAGCCCAGAGGGCAGAGAGAAGCAUGAUGGCCGGCGCCGCAUCAAGCAGGAUGGGCUGAUGCGUGCCUAUGUCCUGCACUUGCUGUGCCGCUCACUGCUGGAGAUGGCUUUCCUCUUUGGGCAGUACCUGCUGUACCACUUUGAGGUGACCCCCUCCUAUGUCUGCAGCCGCAGCCCCUGCCCACACACCGUCGAUUGCUUUGUCUCCCGCCCCACUGAGAAGACCAUUUUCCUCCUCGUCAUGUACGCUGUCAGUGGGCUCUGCCUCUUCCUCAACCUCUGUGAGCUCGUGCACCUUGGCGUGGGGCGCAUCCGUGAUGCCCUGAGCCAGCCCGACAGCCCCCCACUGCCAGCAGGUGGCAGCCCUGAGCCACAGUACCCCAAGAAAGCCCCCAGUGCACCCCCCACCUACCACUCACUGAAGAAGGAAUUGCCACGAGCCCCGCUGCCCGACGGCAAGCUGGACUACCGGGACAGCCUGGCCCAGGCAGCGGGGCGCUUCGCUCUGGCUGGGGCUCCCCCAGCACACGAGCUGGCCCGGCUACGCGAGCACCUGCGCCUGGCCCAGGAGCACUUGGAGGUGGCCUUCCACCUCCAGCCACCCCCGCGGCCCCCCAGCCCUGCCCGCAGCAGCAGCCCUGAGGCCAAUGGCAUCGCCGCCGAGCAGAAUCGCCUCAACCUUGCCCAUGAGAAGGGGACAGCCACCUGUGACAGGACCACAGGGCUGUGAGUGCCACCAGGGAUGACAUCGGUGUCUGCCGGAGAGGCUGCUGCUGCCACUGUGGGACAGGCAGCCUGCCCAGAGCACAGGGCAGAGGGCGACACGUGCCUGUUCUGCAGGGUUGUCCAGGCAGCUCUGUCCUGGUGGGCAAUGGCAGGGAUAGAGGCCUUGGGGGACAUUCCUACUUAAUUUUCACAAAGGGAGUAUCUUAUUUUUGUACGUUUUUAUAAACUCAUCAGCGUGUGCACCCCAGGAUUUUUAUACUUCGCUCCUGAUCCCUGCUUCGGGCCUGUCCCCCCCUCAUCUCCUCUUUCACCCUCUUGUCUUCCUCCCACACUCAUUUCCUGCAGCAUCUUCUGCUCAUGCCUCCCCAUGGCCUCCCAUUUCCCUGCCACCCACUGGUGCACCAGCCAGUGCUAUGCAUGCACAGGCUGUGUCAGUGAUGCCAGCAUUGCCCCUGUAGUGUGUGGGGGUUCAGGGGAGACAAGCUUAGGGGUCUGGCUGGCUGGGCUGAACCAUAUGGCAAGGUGCUGAGCUGGCAUUGUGCUUGAGGUAGAGGGGACAGUGAGAGACAGAGGGAAGGGAGGGGGUCCUGGCAGUGCUGGUGCCAUUGUGGCCAGUGGGGUAGUCAUGCUGUGUGGAGUCCUGGCUCCAGGGUGUGAGCCGGGGGGCUGGCUUGCUGGAAAAUGUCUGUGCAGAGGGCAGGGGCUGUCCUUUCUGCUGCCUCCGCCCUGCUCCCAACAGCUGCCCUUGGACCAAAGCCCAUCCCCUCCCACUCUGGCCAUGGGGCCAGGACCCCCCUUGCACGGGGCUGGACCCUGGUUCUGCAAUGAGGCGACACGGUACCCCAAGCUGGGCUCAGCCGGGAGCCAAUGGGGCAUUUGUCAUCUCAGCCUGGGGUCACACAGGGAUUUUCGUAGCAUUGUUUUUUACUCAGAAAUGAUUGUCACUGGUUUUUCUUAAUUUUUUUUUUAAUAUCUAUAUUAGUAAAAGCUGGAGACGUUUUGUACUGAAGUGUUGCAUCUGG